AUGGAAGAUUGGACUUGCCUACCGCCCUUGGAUGAUCUCUUCUUUGAUAUAGUACCCCACGACUUUUCAUUGUCAUCUGGAAACAUGAAUGAAGACGGUGAACUUCUCGGACGAUUUUGCGAGACACCAACGAUAUAUACCGAUCUUCCCGAUGAACUGGCCGUGAGCGUCUUGGAGGAGCAGAACGUCAACGAAGACAAUAAUCGCUCAUCCAACAAGGAAGAGAACUCGCUGUCAGAAAACCUAAACAAAGAGACACCCCAUCUGAAUGGUUGUGACGAAUCCUCCCCAAUUCACGAUAGCCUCACCCCACGCAUUACGGUAACGGGAACACGGGCGAGCGAAGCGAUUCGCCCGCGCCAACCACCUCUUUAUACAGAAGGGGACGAUGAGAACAUCGACGAGGCCGAGGUGCCUGGUGGGGAGACGGCCAUCAAUAAACCUUAUCUCCAGAAUCCAAUUGUGUCACAUUGCGGUGAAGGCAGGGAUAGGCGAUUUUGGUAUGGCAAUCCGAGGAAGAAUUGA